AUGAGUCCAUCAGCAAAGAAGAGGCCCAAGAAUCGAGUGGUUUCCAAGAUGCAAUAUGAGGAACCACAGGACACAAUGAGUCAUUCUGUCAGCAAAGUAAUUGAGCGGAACCGACUUAAAUUGGUAUUAAAAAACUUGUCGCUCUUGAGGUUACUCAAGAGCUCGAACCCCCGGAUCCAAGAACUGCAUAACCUGGCCAAAAGGUGUUGGAAAAUUCUUCUGAGAGUUCCAAAGAUCCUCCGCAUCUCCUCUAGGGAUGAUGUCUGCCGUAAAGUAAAACAAAAUCAAGAGCUCCAGGAGGAUGAGUGUCCCAAGGAGAAACUGGAGUCCAGUAAGUUAGAGUUCAUAGAGGAACCUAAUGAGAUGAAGCCCGAGGAUUUGAGUCCCAAGGUGGAGUCGGGGGUGGCAGACAAGGUAAAGAUGUCACCCGAAGAAGUGCCACCACAAGAAGAGCAGGUGGAGCCUGAGGUCCCAAGGACGUCGACGAGUCAUAGCCUGACCACUUACACUGAGGCCUCAGGGAGCCAACUACCCCGGGUUAUCCUCCUGAAGACCCACCACCACAGAACUCCCAUGGGGGACAUGAUGCAGCUGGAUGCAGCCAACCAAUGGGUCUGGUUUGAGGGUCUACCCACACGAGUCCAUCUCCCAGGGCCCCGGGUGAUGUGCAGAUCCUCCGCCCUGCGCUGCAUUAAGCGCUGCUGCACCCGCUUCUGCUCUGCCUCACUGGAGCUGCCUAUGUACCAUCUAUACAGGCCAAACCGUUUCCAACCUGCCCGACACUGCAGAGCCGGGACGCUGCUCCCUCUCCGCGUGCAGCAGCGCCCCCUGGGGGCGGUCUUGGUGCCUAACAUCGAGGUUUCUGCUCGCAGGUGGUGUGACCCUAGAUGGAACCAAGGUGCGACGAGAGGGCGGGGAUCGCGCAAACAGCUGAACGCGAGGGAUGGGCGGGAAGAUUCACGAGUCUGCAAAUACAAUCUCCCAUAUGGCACUGAGGAAUACUACCAGCACGGCAAGCAGCGCGUGAGGCGGGACGUUGGCACUGCGUCCUACUGCUCCAGUGUGACACAGCACGUCCUCCCUCCAAGCCCCGGGCGACCUCUCCCGCCCUCCAGGGGCGUGGGCUCCUCCUCACGGGUGCUCGGCACCGUGACUGGGUGGGUCCGGAGGGUGCCAGCAGAAAACCGAACGCCGCCGGCCUGGGGCUGCGUGGACCAGCCUGAGCGGAACCAUGGAGCGGAGAGUGCUGGCGCGGCACCGCUGCUGCUCAGUCUCCGUGAGGCAGCUGCGCGCCACCACUGCCCCCCACCACUCCUUGGCCGACCCGAGGCCUUGGCGGCUCCCCCGAAACAUUUGGGCGCCGCGCUCUCCCUGCGUGCACGCCCCCCACACACACCUCCCCGCAAUCUCCUCUCGCGCAGCUACCACCUGCGCUCCCGACCCGCGCAGUCUCCACCCCAGUAA